AUAUUUAUUUCUCUAUCUGUUUUAAUUUCUUGUAACCGCUGCCGUAAGUAUUGUAUGCUGUAUCGUAAACACGUGCUAGCAGUUCCCCCAAAAAAAUGUCAUUCGCCAAAGUGCGUGUGUGUUUGUGAGCUGUUGCCCUCUAUAUGUGAAGAGAGGAAAGAGGGACAUAUUAGAAAUAGAAGAAGGAUCUGAGAAAGUUUUGUCAUUGAUGCUGUGGCUUUAGCUGCAGCUAAAGAAAAGCAAUCAUUUAUCAGAUAGCAUAGAUUGCCCAAUGUGUUACCGAUCGCGCAUUUUGGCUUACUGAAUCAAUCGCCUUCACCGUUUGUUUGUUUGCAGCCAGUGCGUUCUUUCACAUGGUUCGACGCUUUACCUAGGGGCUAACAUCAACACGAUGGAUGAGGAGGAAAAUCCGUUUCUAUCCGGAUUUCUGACCGUCAAGUCGCAGAGUGGAUUUUCGUGGCGGGUCACGAAAAAGGUGAAAUACUGUCAACUGUUCAAAGCAAGUCGCCACGGUAUCGAGAGGCUUGAGAUCAGUGACGCGGAAAACGACAAAACCAGACGGAUCGUCACGCUGGAAAAUUGUGUGAAAAUAGUCCUAGAUCAACCACCACAGAACACAAUCAACAUCGUGUCAAAGACGGGUCAGAUACAGCUGUACUCGCCGGACGAAUCGCUCGCCCGCCAAUGGACGAACGCACUGCAGAUCGUAGCAUUCAAAGACAAAUCCAAUCAAACGCCACCACCGCCGCGGCUAAACACGAUCGAGGAGGACAAUGAUUUGUACUGCUCAUCGUACAGCGAAGGUAUAUACACGGUCACACUCAUACCGACCGAUGCCUCAAUCAAGAACGGAAUCGAACCGAAGAUGUACACGCUCGAGCUCGGCCAGAUGGAUAUGCGGCUCAAGUGUUACGAGGACGAGAGCGUAACGGUGGCGCUCUGGCCGUAUCGUUACAUACGAAAGUACGGUUACCGGGAGGGUAAGUUUACGUUCGAGGCGGGACGAAAAUGUAACACCGGGGAAGGUACAUUCAAGCUAGACAAUGCCAGCCCGCAAGACAUCUUUCGCUGCAUGGUGACGAAGAUGAAGUCGAUGAAGAAGAUCAUUUCCUCCACGUCCGUGCAUGAAACGCAAGCGCUCAGCAGUCAGCUGUGUGCUGCCCUUGCGAUGGAACCAGGCUCGAGGAGUCCACUGCCCGGUGUGCACUGUGACGAAAAUAUGGCCGCCCAUCUGUCGUCGAUUGAGCUGCUGCACGAUAUGGCACCGAGCACGAUGGUUGCCAUAUCGCAGCUGAAAAACAUUCCAACGAAACCACCACGCAAACAGGGCAUUUCCACCGGGAACGUUCUACCAGCCGGUGGUGGGUCCGAUCCCGAUCCAAAGCAUUCCAACGUGUCAACGGUAUUUAUCAAAAACAAUGGACAUAAUAUGCAGUGCACUAGCCAGCCGACCUCAAACCAAACAAUACUGAUACGCAACGUCACACCGAACCUGGACGAUGUGCUCGGCGAAUCCAAAGCGAAGGAGCUAGACUACGAGUGCGUGAAGGACAUUACGGACGCGUGGAAACUGUACGGACUGAACGAUGUGAAGCACACCGAAGCGGUGGCAGAAAGUGGUUCCUGCCCAUCCGUACCACCGAACGUUGGUCACGAGCACGUACGUUUGGAGUACGAUCGGUUGGAUUUUUUCCGCACCUCAACGCGAAACACCUCAUCCGACUAUAAAACGGUGGUACCGAUCCGGGUGUCCGGUGAACUAGCAUCGCCACCCGGCCAGCAUCUUUCCGUACAAUCGUCGGAUGAUUAUGAAAUUAUUGGUGAACCUUCACCACCACCACCACCGUCAUCGAUACCGGUAGCGAAUGGUCCACCGGGGCUGGUUGGGUACAAUUUAACCGGUGGCAUUGCGCCGUUGCGUGGACGCAACCAGGACGAAGGAUUCGAGUAUUCAGUAUUCAGCGCUGAUCAUCACCAGGAGGACCAGCAGCAGCAGCAGCAGCAGCACCAUCAGCAACAGCAACGUAACAUAACUGCUACCAUUAACUAUGCCACGAUUAGCAAACCGAAACGGGUUUAAGCCGCAUGGGGUCGACAAAUUGUUUGUUUAUUUUAUUUCCAUAUAAGUGAACUCCCCCCCCCCAAUUGACCCCAAAAAAAGAACUACCGUCUCGUAUGGCUAUAGCCCUUUAUCCUAGAUGGCUGAUUUACGUAUUAUGUACUUUCUAGUAAGAUUUUACGGAAAAUGUGAUAAUGUUUGUUUGUUUUUUUUUGGUUUAAAAAACGAAAAUUCGCAACACACGUCGUUCGAUGGAAAAAGAUUUUGUUUUUUUUCUUCUGUUAUUCCAUCACACAAUGCAAACACACUCUCCCACCCAGACACACACACACACACGCGUACACAAAAAAACACAAGUGCGUUUUUUUUGUUUUAAAAUUUGCGAUAUCGAAGGAUAGGGAAAAAAACAGCAAAUUAAUAUGUGAAGCAAUACCACGGCGUACAGUAGUGAAGAAGGAUCUUUUUCUUUUGUCUUAAUAUAGUAUACUAUUUUAGUAGGUAGCAGUAUGACAAGGACAGAUUUCGAACCACAGGAGAGGAAGCAUCGGGAAUGUUAAGAGAGAGAAAAAAAAACAA